GGCACCUGACAUCAUCCAGGCCGCCUUGAACGCGUCGCAUGGUGUCGGCGCGGGCGCUUCGGAGAUGGAAGUGGCCAUGUCAAUCGCAGAGCGCGUCCAAGCUGCAAGUGAGAGGGGCGACGGCUCGGCCGACACAUGGAGCGACGCCGUCGCCGAGGCAUGCGCCUCCAAUCCCGCUUGCACCAGCUGCGCGGAGAAGAUCGGCACGUUCGGGCGCUUGUGCGGUGGCGGCAGCGACGCACCAGUCAUCAGGAAGCUAGAUUCAUUUUCCAAGCAGUGGAAUGACACUCGCAAGCUUGGCUCCGAGUUUCUGGGCGCUGUGGUUGACGCCAGGCUGCGCGCGACCAAGGCCAUGCCGCGCGUCCGCAGCUGCUUGCUGGCCGUCAACAUGACUGCCGGGAAGUGCGUGGACGGCGUCGCCCGCUCGCGCACGAAGUCCGACGCCGUUACUUUCCAGGGCAAGGCUAAGAGGGCCGACGUCGAGCGCCUGGAACUAGAGCUGGAGAGGGCGUCAGACCUGAGUGCGAGCAUCGACGUGCAGCAGAAGUUACCCGACGCGGGCCUAUUGGAGAUCGAGCGGCGGCUCAUCAUUCGAUGCGGCGCCCACCUCUGCGGCAAGGGGGAGCAGAGGUUCGAGAAGGUGGCGCACGAGAAGUUGUCGGACAUCGUCUUGCUGCUCAUGAGGGAGAUGCACGACAUGCUCCACCUCCCUGCGUCGUGGGAGGCGAUGCUGAUCUCUCAGCCCUCGGAGGGCGAGCGCUGUCGCUGGGCGAAGUUGGUAGCAGCGCUCAUUCGGCAUCGCAGAAAAGGCUUCAACGUUGGCGACAAGGUCGUGGAGAAGGGCAUGAAGGAGCACGGGAUCUACGUGGUCAAGCAUAUCGGUGACGAGGUGAAGCUGCAGGAGGUCAGCCCGUUCAAGGACGACUACGUCGAGGUUUCCAUCGGGCUCCCGAUCUUCUUCCAGAAGUGGCUUGCCUACAAGAGCGAGCUGCCUGGCAAGGUCGAGGGCGAUUGGGCUGCGCGCCGCGUCAGCCCAGCCGCGCCCGUCGUCACCGUCGACGUCGCGAGGGGCAAGUUCUUGGUUGCUCUUGCGUUGGCGUCCAGUGAGAGGAACGGCGAGUUCGCGGACCAGGUCUACCUGUGUUGCAAGCCAGCAGCCGUCAGGGCAGCUGCGCCGAUAAAGAAGGAAGAGUUCCGCGUCGCGCCUGUGUGCCCCCUCGGCGCGAUCUCGACGACCAAGGGGGCCGACGGCAUCUGGGGUGGCCACGCUGUGGGGGCCGAGUCGGCGAAGAUCUACCCGAACAAGUCCGCCCAGCCGGAGGGGCCGAACGCGGCCGAUUGGAUGCACGAGUCGCCGGUAGACCUCAUUUGGUGGAUUAGGUAG